GGUUAUUUAAACUUAUUUCUCUAUAAUAUCGCAACAAUUUCGCAUAAUAAAAAUGUCCUCGAAAGAAUCCGUAACGAAAAACAUUGCAGAAACGCUUCGGAGAAGAUUGCGCUCGCAACGUGCAUUGGCUCGCGAGAUGCGUCUCCCUCCGCCCACGCCAACAAAUCCUCCGGAGUUGUCCGAAUCGCCAGAAUGUUUUGUACCUAUCACAAGUGAUACCGUCGCCGGGGUAAAGGCAAAGCUGGGUCUAAUUGAUACCUGCUUUCCGGACAAUCCUACUCCCGCGUUCGAAGAAAUAGUGUGUUUUCCCGAAUCUUACAAACGGUUGGGAACCAAGGAAAAGUUGGUGCUGCUGUUUGCGGAAAACUUCCGCAGGCAGUAUAAGGAACGGUUUCCGCACCGAAAACCGCCGAUCCUUGCCCUACCGAACGAGUGUGGUGUGCAAAAGUUUGUGUGUACAACUCUGAAGCCCUCAAUUUUCCUGUUCCCAGAUAUGAUCGGGUCGUGGGAGGAUAUCGCAUCGUUUGUAGCGGAUUAUAUUGUGUAUGAGCCACUGCCGGAUCAGGUCAACAUGCCAACCCGUCUUCUCUCGCCAAGCACCAUCCUCAAACGGCGCAAGGCGAACAGUUUCGAGUUGGCCACCCUUUUGUGCAGUUAUUUGAUAGGAAAUGGAUUUGCAGCGUGCGUGGUGUCCGGUUACGCUACGCGGGAGAUCGUCAACAACGACCAACGCCGAGUUUGCUGUCCCUAUGUGCCGUGCCAGGAGCAGGAGGGCAACCAGGACGAGGUAGUUGAACCGAGCAAAUAUCAGUUGCGAGAUCCGCCUGAUUUGCGCAGCCGCUAUCUGCUUGAGCUGGAAGAGGAAAAAUUAACAAAAAUCAAAGAGGAGGAACGUAAACGCGAAGAGGCUCAUCUAAGAGAGAUUGAAGAUUUGGAACGCCCAACGGAGGACAAUAAACGAGGUCAUCGAGUUCACGCUUGGGUUGCAGUGAUUAUGAAUGCUCCCUGGUGCUACAAACCGGGUUAUCGUGAGACCAUGAUCGAUCCCAACACUGGCGAAAGAGUACUGCUUCCUCCCAGUGCGUUUUUCAUCGAACCAGCUUCCGGUUUUCGCUUCGAGGUCGAUUCUACUAAUUAUCUGGGGAUCGAAAGCGUUUGGAAUCAACACAAUUAUUACGUUAACAAGCAAGAUCCCAUCUCCGACAUCAAAAAUAUGCACUGGGACUUCAAGAACACCAAGGAAUGGGAACAUUUCCUACCAGGAGAACCGUUCGAGCUCCGCGAUGAUUGUUUAGUGCCAGAAGAUCAAGAACCGCUGACCACAGAGGAGGAGCUGGAGAAGGAAAAACAUCUAGACUUACCAGCUUCCUGGGUAGGCCCACUAUCGAUAUCCAUGGCAGAAUUUGAACAGCGUUAUCCAGAAGGUCGGAAAGUAAUAUAUUUCAAGCGUUCGAUCUACGAACGCUUUGCACCAUACUCGAACUUACUUGGACUGAUUAAGCGCCUCACACUGUACCAGACUUUGAACUAUGAAAAUCCCACCACACGCUGGGAGUGGUACGUCAAUCGAGAUGAUUCGUUGACAAUGAUCGUUUAUGAUUACGGCAGGAACGAAAUCGAAGAAAUGUUUGCCAAAGGGCGACCGGAUUCAUUGAAAGCGUUGAGACGUAGCUCGGAACCGAAUCGCGAGUGUCGAUUGACGUUCUUUCAUCAGUAUCGGUUCGAUUCUUUGAAAGAAUUAGUCUAUCAUCCCACAUACGUGCAGGAACAUUACGAUCGCCGAGAGGAUUUAUUAUAUUAUCGGGAAUUCAAGAACGUACCAAGAGAUCCAGUGACCAUGGAAGAUUGCAAACUAACGCAAAUGACGGAAAAGUAUCACCGAAAUGCAGAGACCGAAGCCGUUCGGGAUAUCGCCACCAGAACAUGCUACGUGGAUGAAAAUCGCAUCGUGCUGCAGUUCCAUUAUGGGGACGAUUGCAUUACAGCUUCCACGCGUGAAUUCAUCAAACCGCCGAAAUCGGAAAUGGGCGAAGAGGUCCCUUAUGAUCCCAAAUGCACUUCCGGUUACAUUUCCAAUCCUUGGGAUCCUCAGCCAACGCACCUGGAGCUGUUCCUGCUUUUGAAGGAGCAAAUGAAAGCCGAAGAAGCAUCAAGCCGUGCAUUUUACCGUCGUGUUGUAGAAAUCGAAACUCUUCUGAGGGAACGCAAAAAGCAAAUAGAUUCUCCCAAGCUAACGUUCAGUUUGUUUGACCCUUUGCGCAAUGCAGAAGCUCGCCGCAUACGAUUGGAGAAAUACGAGCAAGCUCGAGCUCGCGAGGAGCUUAUAAAACAGCAGCAAGCUGACUUUUUGGCACCGUAUCUGUUGAGAUUGAACGAAAAUAACUCCAAUCAUGAGAAACUGAUGGCUGCCUACCAGAGCUGCAAGGAAGAUUUACGUAAAUUUUACAAUGGACUGGAAGAAGAAAUGAAGGUUCGAUUGGAUGAGCUACUAUCGGAGGAAAAUUCUUUGCGCCGGUUCUUAAGUAAAUUUCAGGAACACUUUGAGGAUGCAGAGUAUGACAAAUUCAUCAUGGAGGGCGAGAAUAUCGAGCUGAAUAAAAACGUGGUUCAGAUGCGAAUCGAGAAUCUUCGUGAUGAGUAUCAGCAAAAAGCUCAACAUCUGGAAAAGGCUCUCUACGAGGAUGAAAGAUUGAGUGGUUCAUCAUCUCUGAGCAAACUUCAGUGAGGUGUUAGUAGUGUUUGAAUAUAUUUUUACGAAUGUGAAUUUUGAAGUGUUUGUGAUUUUCUAAAUAAACGGUUGAGAAAAACC